UUCCAGCUGUCUUGCAACUGAUGAAAUCUGACUUCCUUCCAACCUCCUUUUCAUACUCAAGUCUCAAACAUCAAAUCUCCUAUCCUUUUGCUCUCCUUCAGAACUCAAAUGCUCUCACCUUACAGUCCAUCAUAGCUCUAUUAGGAAAAACUAGAAAAUCCAGUUAAAUAGUCUUCCCCCUUCCAUUCUGGGGCAUAGAAGGGCAGGCAUAGGUAGGAUAAGGAAUAGGGGAGAGAGAAGAAACAAGAAGAAGAAAGAAAGGGUUGACUUAAAAUUCAGGGAACAUGCUCCCUUCCAGUCAUCGGUUUGCCAUGAUGGAACCUUGGAUGCUUCUUUUCCUCCUUUUAAUUCUGCCCAGCAAGCCACAAGGGACAGGGCCGAGGAUCAUCAUGCACCUGAAGUUGCAGGAUUCUUUUCCUGGGAACCUCUCAGUAGCCUCCCACUUCCAGGAGUUUCUUGAGAAGGCCUGUCAUUUCCUGAAACUCCCGUUAGGGACCAAUAUCACCCUCCUAAGCCCAGGAUCACCUCAUCGUGUCACCUGCUAAAGCAGGUGGUAGCAGUGCCAUGCAGGAGUGAUACCCACACAUCAAAACUUCUCUCUUUGGAUAUCCACACACCCAAACAAUGGAGUUGGAGGCUAAUACUUGACUUAGCCUCACAGAUCCUAGCCCUGCUGGGCACCUUAAUAAAGAUGUGGAUAUUGAUUUGAGUCUUUA